CUGGUCUGGAUUCUGGUCGUAUUUUUGACACCGCCUUCACAAACCAUUCCCAACAGAAACUGUGAACUCUUCAAACCCAGCAACUGCAAAGCCUCCCAUCACACACGGAGAGAGAAAGAAGAUUAGAAAAAGUAAUUUCAGGUGAUUUUUCAAAGAAAGAUCAUUUGGUUUGUACAUUGAAGGUUGAUUCAAAGGGAAUGGAAAGCGGCUUUGAAAAUAAGAUGGUCUUAGAUUCAGCCAUGGAUGAGUUGUCUCAGAUGGAGAGGGAAUCUGGGCAUUUCGGGUGCUCACAUUACAGAAGGAGAUGCAAGAUCAGAGCACCUUGUUGUGAUGAGAUAUUUGAUUGCAGGCAUUGCCAUAAUGAAUCUAAGAAUUCACUAGAAGUUGAGACCCUGAACCGGCAUGACAUACCUCGCCAUGAAGUGAAAAGGGUAAUCUGUUCAUUGUGUAACACAGAACAAGAUGUUCAACAGAAUUGCAUUCGGUGUGGAGUAUGCAUGGGGAAAUACUAUUGUCAAAAAUGCAAAUUCUUUGAUGAUGAUGUUGCGAAGAAGCAAUAUCAUUGUGAUCAAUGUGGAAUCUGCAGAACUGGAGGCGAAGAGAAUUUUUUCCACUGUCAUGGUUGUGGAUGUUGCUAUUCAAAAUUGCUUAAGGAUUCACACAAAUGUAUGGAAAGAGCAAUGCAUCACAACUGCCCAGUUUGCCUCGAGUAUCUCUUUGAUACAACCAAAGGCGUUACUGUCCUGCCUUGUGGUCACACCAUGCAUUUGGAGUGCGUGAAGGAGAUGGAACAGCAUUUCCGGUACUCUUGCCCUGUUUGCUCAAAAUCAUAUUGUGAUAUGUCCCAUGUGUGGCAAAAACUUGAUCAGGAGGUUGCUUCGACACCCAUGCCUCAAAUGUACCAAGACAAGAUGGUCUGGAUACUCUGCAAUGACUGUGGGGAAACAUCUGAGGUGAAUUUUCACAUUGUGGCACACAAGUGUCUAAAAUGCAAAUCCUACAACACAAGGCAGACACGAGGAAGCCAUUCUUCAUGCUCCUCUCGAAUGUUGAGAUGAUCAGCUGCUAUUCAUCACAGAAGGAAUUUCUAUUUAUUACCCACCCCCAAUGGGGACUUCAUUUGGGAUGCUGCUGAAAGUGAAGGGUACUUCAUUAGUUGCUCAUUGUUUCUCUCUAGUCCUCCUGUUAUGGAGUAUUUACUUCAUUCUGAGCUCACCUGCAUGUCUAGUUGAUAAGAUUUGGAAUGACACAGUUCGAUGCAAUUUUAGUGAGUCAUGCCAUAUUCACCAAGUGUAACUUUGGUUUCAUGUCAUUUUCAUCUAUACUCGAUCAAAUUCACCACGUGUAUGUUAUCCAAUCAAACAUUUAGUUUUACUACAAUUGCAUGAUGUUGCGUCAAACAAUGGGAAAAAUAAAAU